AUGAGACCCACAAUAGUGUUUGCAUUGUGUGUGUUGGCAUUAUUUUUAUGCAUACCAACCACCAAUGCAGAUCUUACAUCAAGUGUUAGUAAGUUAUAUGGAUUCACUUGGGGUAGUACAUCUACUUUUUGUGGUCAAUAUGGUUUCAUUGGCAAAAGACAAUUGAGAUCAUCGAUCAUUUGUACAAAUGGAAAGGUCACUAAAUUAAUUAUAGAAUCUAAAAUAGAUGAUGCUGGUAAUGGAGCAUGUUUCAAGAAUGAAUCUCAAGCUGCUAUUGUAGCUAAUAAUAAUGGUUGGGAAGUUUUUGGAUCAACUCUUAAAUCAAUUACAUUUUAUAAUUCAUAUUUACCAAACUAUUUUAAUGAUUUAUACGAGUUGUCAUCACUUGAAGAAUUUGUUUAUGAUUCAAUUACUGAUUCAAGUAAAUGUACAAUGAAUUAUGAUUCAGAUUCAGAUCCAUUCCUUCCAAAUGCUCAAACCAUUUCAAUUAAAGGUCUUCAAGGAUCAUUCCCAGUGUUUUCAGCCAAUUCCUAUUAUGUCACAGUUCAACAAGCUCCAUCUGUCUCUUUAUCAACUUCAUUCUCUUCUGCAUUGGCCAAUGUAUUUUCACCAAAAUUAUUAUCAUUCGAUGUAACAUUAACAACAGCACCAUCAUCACCAUCAGUUUUCAAUGUAGCAACUUAUUUCCUAGGAGCCACCAAAUUACUUCAAUUUUCAUUAAACAUUCCAGGUUAUAAUGUCAAUUUUGCAUCAUUCUUUCAACCACGUACGACACUUCAAACUUUAAAUCUUUACAAUGUAGUACCAGAUGUCACUACCUUUCCAAGCACUUCCCAAGUUGCAUGGGGUCAAUUAAAGAGUUUGGUACUUCAAAAUAUGGGGUUGACUGGUUCAGUCGACCCAAAUCUUUUGGAUCUAAGUAGAUUUGAUGUAUUUAUUGUUAAAAAUAAUCCAUUACUUACUGUAACUAUUAGUAAUUCUUUUGGUACUUCAAGUUCAAUUACUCAAUUGGGAGUUGCAAAUACAACGAUUGGAGCACCAUUACCAGCCAAUAUAUUAUCAAAAGGAUUAGUAUUUUUGGAUACUCGUGGAUGUAAAGGAUUAACCAAUACAUUGUUACCAUUGGUAUUCCUUUGUAUGCCACCAAGUUAUUUGGUUGAUGAUGGUGCCAACCCAUCCUAUCUGUUCAACAAUGACUUUAGUAAUUAUCAAGGUCCAAAUACCCCACGUAACUGUCUAGUCCAAUUGAAUGCACUUGCUCCCGAUCCAUUCCCAUCAAACAUUUCCAUCUUUACUUUGACUGGUCAGAAUUUGGCCGGAGAUGAUUUCACAGUCACCAUGAACAAUGGAUUUGACGCUCCAAUGACUUUGAAUUGUCCAGUGGUAGACCCAGCCUCUUUGAUUUGUUUCAAUCCAGCUGUUCUCCAAGGCAAGGGUACUCUUUCACUGACUGUUCGUAUCGGUGCCAACCAAACCACCGUCACACGUCCAUUCUCGUUUGCUUCACCAUCCAUCACAUCGGUAUCGGCCAUUCCAACGCUGGGAGGAUUUAUUACAAUCCGUGGUUACGAUUUGUUGGCCGUGUCAUCCUAUGAUAACCGUAAGCCAAUGACUAUCACCAUCAAUGGCGUCGAAUGUUCCAAUAUUGUUAUUCGUCUUGCCAUGAAUGAAUUCACUUGUUAUUAUCCAGCUGGUAUUCAAUCGGGUGUACCCAUUUCAAUCAAUGUCAAAGGUCUAUACAAUGAUCUUAGCAAGUCACCCAAUUUCAACUACUAUGCUCCAACCGUCGCAUCAUCGGUUGCCGUUCAACCAAAUGUAGCUUCUAACCUUACCAUCACCGGUCAAGAUUUUUGGAAUGAUACAACUGUUGUCACUGUCACUAUCGGUGGUAAUAUACUAUGUCCAGUGUCAUCGGUUGAUCAUACUCAGUUGAUUUGUGCGUUCCCAGCAACUCCAUUCUCUUCUGGAUCGAAAAACAUCGAAGUUUCAGUCAAUGGUCAAAGUUCACAACCCAACUCAUUGUUUGGGUUUGUCGAUACUGCCAUUUGUCCAGAGAGCUGUAACUCUCAAGUAUGUGAUGUUGGUGUUGGUUUUUGUAACUGUGAGAAUGGGUCUGGACCAGACUGCGACACUGUACUGACACCAUCUACCUAUGUCACCUCCAAUGCCACCUUCCCAGUACUCAAGAUCAAGUCUCCACUCAACAAUGACACCGAAUUUGACGCAUACCUCAUCUCGGUCAUUGAAAAUGGUGCUGAAACAUUCAUCACCUCUUGGAAUGGUACCUAUGCCAAUGGCACCUAUACCUAUGUUCCCUCUGGUGGCAAGGAUAUCCGUAUCGAGAUCCAUACCAAUGAUCAAGACAGCAUCGCACCUAUCGGAGGAAGUAUCAUCAAUUAUCCAGCCAACACACAUACCUACAAGGUAUCAUAUGCCACCUCUGUACCUAUGAAAUCACUUCAAUUUAGAUUUGCACUUGAUAUCUUCCCACUCGAAUGUAAUCCACCCCCAUCUACCCACUUUGCCUUCCCAACAGGCUCAAAUAACCAAAGUCUACGUUGGGCUACCUUUACCAAAUACGAUGUUGAAUGGUUUGCUCGUUUCCCAAUGGCCGUAUCUAUCAAUGGUGACAAGGAUAAUGGUAACCUUUUAACUACCCAGUCUGUAAUGGACGGUCUCACCACUAGAUUAUUGGUCGAUGUUCAAACCAACGCACUCAUUGAAUCCAGUCGUUUCCAAUUUGAUUUCUCAUCGAUUCAAUCCAGUACUCCUUAUGCACCAAAUAUUACCAACUGUGUUCCAGACUCUUCCUUUGGUAAUGAACCAGGAUCAGAACCAGACAACAAAUGGAAGGUCACUGUUGGUGUUGUAGUCGGUGUUGUAGGUGCCGCCAUUGUUUCAGUCGGUUCAUUCUUUAUCAUUCGUCAACAAUUAAAAUUAAACAAGACCAAAUCUUUAUUGGAUAAGAAAUUAAGAGAAUUAACUGUUAAUCUUUAA